AUACACGGUACUAGUCUUAAGCUUGGUCGCAGGCUAGUACUAGUCUUGUCUGGGAAGAUUGGCUAAAAAGCAAUGAUCCCCUACAAAAUUGGACAAUUUGAAAGGCAAAUGGGUAUUUUUAGGGUGUGUUUUAACAUGUGAGAUAUAAGAGGGCAAAGGUAUCAGCGGCAUAUGUUCAUGUGGAGCUGAGAUACAAUAUCGGCAUUACAUCAUGGAGGCUCGACCAUGUAUCAUUGUUCAUGGAGGCGCCUGGGCCAUACCAGACAUCUUAAAAGAAGCAUCGGUAAAUGGAGUCAAGAGAGCUGCCCAGAAAGGCUACGAUUGCUUAAAACAGGUAAAAAAAUAGCCUUCUUUUAAUCUCUUGAUUGGAUUUGGGGGGUUAUUACUUAUAUUGUCAAGUAAGGGAGCAUUACCUGGGGGUCAUUUUAACGACAGUCUCUCCUUUGGAGAGACUAUGUUUUAACCAGCUUCAUGAAAGAAGGUCAAUGCAGCAACGAAUGUGAAUUUCUAUAAGGACACCUUGUUAAUGCAGAAAAUUAUUUAGGUGCGUCUCUGUUGGUGUCCAUGUAUGCAAAAUAUGUUUGAUUGUAUCUUUAUAAAGUAUAUAUUGAUGGCUCACUGGCUGGGUCCAUCCUCGAGGGAAUGUAAAAUCAAAGACUUGAUUAUUUUUCAAUAAUUUUUUGCUGUUAAAGGGUGGGACUGCAGUUGAUGCAGUCGAAGGAGCUGUUCGCAUCCUAGAAGAUGACCCAACUUUUGAUGCUGGUCAUGGCUCAGUUCUUACAGAAGAUUUGACAGUUGAAGUCGAUGCAAUGAUCAUGGAUGGAUACUCACUGGAAUCAGGUACAAGUGCACUCGUUUGCUGGCUAAAUUGGGCAUGUCACAGUCCUCAACAUUUGAACUGGAAACAGAGAUCUUAACUGCAAUAAGUCAUUAUCAGGUUUGCUAAUUGACUGAAUUACUGCCUUGAAAAUGACUGACUUGCCAAAAUUCUGCCUUGUUAGUCACCUUACUGACUGAACAACCUGAUGCUAUAGAUUUUCAUGAUUCUAUGGAAAGAAUGCAGCUAUUGGAGGUGCAAGGAAAGAGUAUUUUUUGGCUCGUGCAUAGCAUCAUUAUCAUGCUUUUAAGACAGCUACACUAGAGCCCGGUUAACACAGACACCAAGGGGACGUGCCAUUAUAGUGUUUGUAUUAUAUGUAAGUGGGCUGUCAGAGAAAAUGUCACAAACCAUGGAGCAAUGACUGAAAGGAAAAAAGCCAGAGAAAUGAAACCUGUGUAACAGAGGGCAGAGGGUCAAACACUGGAAGAUAGAGGGACUGAUCAAAAUCCUCAAAAAUCAAACAUCAAGUAAUUUUUUUUUUUCGGUAAUUAAAUUGUAUUAACCUAUAGAAAUUUCAUUAUUUUAACAGGAUUCAAUGUUUAAAAUUGGCACACAAUGAAAAUAGACACUGCACAGAUACCAAGGGUGUGUUCCUUUUGUGAAUCCAAACAUGGAUUUUUGAUCUUAAAAUGGAUUUUUGAUCCUUUCGGCAAAUCAAAAUCCCAAUUUUUGAUCUGGUGAAUCCUUUUUCAAAAAGGCUCAGUUACAUUUGAAAGCCAAAGAAUCCAACUCCAGAUUAAUGGAUUAGUGAUCUACAUUGUGCCAUUCACAUUGGAUUCAAAAUUAGUCAGGUGACCCGGGGUCCUGCAAUAUUUCCAGUUGAAGUCAGAUAACCAUUGAGUUUCAUCAUUGUUCCUAUUUGCCAUAGGACAUCUGAAAACACUGGAAGAUAGUUCCAGGUACAGUAAAUUAUCCAUUUACCUGCCAUUUGCAGGGCCAUUUUUCUUUAACAGGGUUUGUACAGGUCAUGGAUAACCUGGAACGUCAUGGAAUUAAAGAAUUUCAUUUUCCAGGCCUGGAAAGUCAUGGAAUUUAAUUGUCGGUCCUUGAAAGUCAUGGAAAAUGAAAGUUCUCUUUAGUAGAUUAGUUACUGCAAAGCAAGGACAACUUAAGAUCAAGAGGAGAAAUUAAACAGUGCGAAUGGCAUGCAUUUUGGUGAACACCAGAGUUUGUGUCUGUUGAACUGUUUAAGGUAAACAAAAUAUGCUAAAACAAGGAAAGUUUUGAAAAUCUUCGAAAGUGAAAGCUAAACCUAAGGUUAUGGAAAACUUGGAAAGGUCAUGCAUGGAAAUAGUCGUAGAAAGUCCUGGAAUUUGAAAAGCUCAAAAGAGUACAAACACUUUUUUAAAGAUUGCAUAACGAAACUGAACCUACAAACUUUCCAUAAUGUUAAACUUUAUCGCACUUCUUUCUCGUUUUGGUUAUGUUCCACUCCAUUGUUGCUAAUUCUACAAGGCUUCAUUGCAUAAUUGGUCACACAGUAGAGAACACGUCAUUUCUUGAGAGGUUUCAUAUGGAAUGCGUUUGCAAAAGGUUGCCAAGGUUAAAGAUCCAAGUUCGGAUUUCGCAUUCCUUUCGGUCACAAAAUAGUGCAAAUCUAGGAUCAAAAAUCUGUUGUUGGAUUUGCCGAAAGGAACACACCCCUAGUGUCUGUAAAGUGAGGUGACAAUAUAUGAGAGUUUGUCACUGGGGUCACAGAAAAGUGUCUGUUGUCCGUAUUAACCAGUGUCCAUAUUAAGGAGGUUCAUCCUACAGAAAAAGAUAUCAGUUUUUCGUUUGGGCUAAAUGAAAUUGUCCAUUAUAUAUUGGUGUCUGUGUUAAGCAGGUGUGUGUAGAGAAGGAUUCCAAAGUAGCAUUCUUUUAGGAUUUCUUUGCAGGUAGCCUCUGCCUCUCAUUAGAAUUGGUUAAAAUUUUUAACCAUGGCAGUGUGCCCUCUUGAUUGCCUCUAAAGGGGCUGCUAGCACUCUACAUUCUUCUUCCUGUGUGCCUAUGUUUUGAAGAGUGACUGAGUCCAGCCACCUACAUUGGCAAUAAAGGAGGCUAAUGUUCAAGUGGGAGUCUUAUUCAAUGGAAUUGAUUUGACCCAUUCGCUCCUGGAGAUUUUGCCGAAAAACGCGUUUUGAAGCUAGUCGAGUGGUUUUCUGGUCACUGUCGUGCUAUAAAGAGCUAAAACUUACCACAAACCGGUUUACAGGUCAUACACUUGGCGGCCUUCUGAUCCAGAUGCAAAAUAUCAGCUUACGAAGUUCGGGCAUGCGCAGAAAGCAAAAUUUCGACAUCAGCAGUCUUGACUUUUACUUUUCGCUUUCUCUCCUCCCUUCUUUUUUCGCUUUUCUUGCCUCAUUUUUUUUUUCUCUUGCUGGGCAUUUAGUAGGCUUCAUUUUGGUGGGAAGAGUUUUUAGGAAAGCUUUUAGGAUCUUAGGAUUAGGUGAAAGGAAAGGUAGGUGGGUAAUGGAACAAGAUUUUCAUGGAGAUUUUCAGGUCCUUGUCACGUGGUUUUUUGCUUCUUUCUCCGGUGUCCUUGACUGAAUUGUGCUCAUUCUGGUAUGGUUUGAAAGAUCUCUUCACCCUGCACAAGUUAGCGAAGAAAGUUGUCCUUGACCGUUAAAACUGAUGACGUCACAAAGGGUAGAAAGGACCUGUAUCCGCACGGGCGGUUACGGGCGGUUCAGGGGCGAAUGGGUUAAAGUUAAUAAUUUUUUGUGACAGCCCAUAAUCAUUCCUUCCUUUUUGCAAUGCAUUGAUACCUGUGUUUCGUUGAGACUCCAAUAUCCCCCCCCAACACUUACUGUAAUGUUGAGGGGAAAAUUUGUUCCUGGUAGGUCCUUGGUCGCUGGCUAGGUCCAAUCAUAAUGGAUUAACUACUUACAUUACUUGACUUCAUGAGAGUUGUGCACCACUUGGCAUAAGGUGAACAGGAUGUUUCAUCAGUGUGGAAAUGGAGGAAGUAGCACAUUAAUGAAGUAAAUACUGACAUAUCUUUGGUAUUGUUUCUAGGUGCAGUGGCGUCAGUAAUAGGAAUAGCUAAUCCAGUAUCCUUAGCACGUCACAUAAUGGAAGACACGCCCCAUUCUUUUCUUGUUGCAAAUGGUGCUGUCAAUUAUGCGAACAAAAUAGGAUUCCCAGUUUUAAAUGACCCUCUUGAGCUUAUAAGUGAGGAAUCACGACUACAGUUGGAGGGUCACAAGGAUUUUAACAAUGCUGUCAUAAGAACUUUUAACACAGAGGUGAAACAUGUUAAUGCGAGCCUUAAUGACCUUAAUCCUGGGCAUGACACAGUUGGUGCUGUUGCUUUGGACUCUUCAGGGAGAUUGGCUUGUGCAACAUCUACUGGUUAGAAUACCACAAAUAUAUUUUUACUCCUUAUAGUGACUAACUAAAAAUUCAAAUCUUGUUUGGUAAAAUCCUAAAAAAAAUUUGUCAUAUAUGCAUAAGUUCUGUGAAAGAGAGUUCAUUUGAAUGGGUGCACCACAGAAUUUCGUCCACAGAUUUCAAGGCUGAGUAAAUGCCAUAACGUCUUCAAGGAAAGAGUUAAACUAGCUGUGCAUGAACUUUAGCCAAAUUUAGCCCUGACGAAAUGCACUACCUACAUGUAGCUCUGACUAGUGCUUCUGAUUGCAUUGGUCAUGCCACAAGGGACAUUUGUUUCAACCAAUCAGAACCAUUACCCAGAUCUGAGUAGGUGCAUGUCAUCAGUAUGGAAUUUCUGCAGUUGCUCCUCAGACGUCAUUUCGUGGGGACACCAGUGGUGGUGUUGCAAAAUGUCAGCUGUUUUCUCAGGCUUGUAGGAUGCUCUAACUUACGAAAGAAUUCAUGCCGAACAGGCUGUCGUAAGAUUUCUUCAAAGCUGCCUUUCUCGUCAAACUGAUUUCACCCUAACUUCAUUUUUAGGUGGUAUUUCAUUGAAGAUGGCUGGCCGCGUUGGUGAUAGUCCUCUGGUUGGCUGCGGAGGGUAUGCAAACAAGGAAGGGGCAGUGUCAUCCACCGGUCAUGGUGAAUCAAUCAUGAAGGUGAUGCUGGCAAGGGAGGUGGUCUACAACAUAGAAGGAGGGCAUCCCCCUGGACAUGCCUGUGUGAAAGCUCUUCAAAACAUGUUUGAGAGAGUAGGUGGUCAGGGGGGAGUGAUUGCAAUCGAUAAGCACGGACAGGUUGGGAAGGGUUUUACUACAAAGCGAAUGGCAUGGGCAUCUGUUAAUGAUGAUAUUCUUAAGUUUGGUAUCGAGCCGAACGAAGAAAUUCUGGAUAAGACUUGAUGUUUUAUUUUCCUUGUGCAGUCUUGUCCUUAGUGCUUGUUUCUAAUUUUGUGGCCAAAAAUCGUGGGAUGCAGAAACCC